GAGAAGGCGAGGCGGAGGCGUAGGGGGGCGGGGGCCGGGGCGGUGGCGGUGGUGGCAGCGGCAGCGGCGGCGGCGACGGAGGCGGGGGAUGGAUGGGGCGGCGGUGCUGAGGCAGCUCGUCGGCCAGAUCCAAGAGCUCUGCGAGCUCUACGGCUCUCCCUCCCUCGACUAUCCUCACCUCAACCCCAGGUGGUAUAUGGUAGAGUUGAACAAUAACUCGUUGGAAUACGACUUCUGUGGUCUUAUAAUGGAGGAUAAUUCUGACCAAAAGAUGGUUGAAGUUAACAAAUCUCUGCCUUGCAAGAGAUCUAGAAGAGAGAGGAACCCUGCAAAAGCACUUGCAUUAAUUUCAACUGACCUCAUGGAUCAGCAAAUCUGGAAAGACUUUCCAGAGGAUCUUUUUGAAGCUGUAAUUGCUAGACUCCCUAUAGAUUCCUUCUUCCGUUUCCGGACUGUAUGCAGAAAGUGGAACUCCUUGUUGACCUCACACAGCUUCUCCCAACACUUUGCGGAAGUUCCACGUUUGCACCCUUGGUUCUAUACGGUGACUCCUGAAAACAUAAGCAGUGCAGCAAUGUAUGACCCUUCUUCGAGAAAAUGGCAUCAUUUCUCCAUCCCAUUUCUGCCUGCAAAGACGAUAAUUCUUCCAGUAGCCUCAGCUGGUGGUCUCAUUUGUUUCUUGGAUUUAGGACACAAAAACUUCUACGUUUGCAAUCCUCUAACAAACUCAUUCAAAGAACUUCCACCAAGGUCCUUCCGGGUCUGGUCACGAGUGGCUGUUGGGAUGAUACUAAAUGGGACGACUGCCAACGAUGGGUACAAAAUAGUGUGGCUUGGAUGCAAUGGAGAUCAUGAGAUCUAUGACUCACUUCAGAACAGCUGGACACGUAACGGAGCUUUUCCUUCGAGCAUCAAGCUUCCCCUUUCUUUAAAUUUUAGGUCACAAACUGUGUCCAUUGGCAAUAGUCUGUACUUUAUGCAUGCUGAACCAGAUGGUAUUUUGUCGUAUGAUGUGGCAAAUGGUGCCUGGAAGCAAUUCAUUAUCCCAUCACCGUCGCAUCUUACAGACUAUACACUUGCAGAGUAUGGGGGUCAGGUUAUGCUUGUAGGGUUGGUGACCAAGAAUGCUGUCACAUGCGUCUACAUAUGGGAGUUGCAAAAGAUGACUCUCUUGUGGAAGGAGGUGGACAGAAUGCCAAAUAUCUGGUGCUUAGAGCUGUAUGGUAAGCACGUAAGGAUGACAUGCUUGGGCAAUCGGGGGUUGCUUAUGCUGUCUUUGAGGUCAAGGCGGAUGAACCGUCUUGUUACGUAUAAUAUGUCCAACAAGGAAUGGCAGAGAGUACCAGAGUGUUUGCUCCCUCAUGGCCGGAAGAGGCAGUCGAUUGCAUGUGGCACUGCAUUUGAUCCAUGUCCCACUGCUUUUGCAUGAUUGCUUUCUCCUGCUUCUGAGAAGAUACAAAGUUCUGCCUGUUAGUGCAUCCGAUGUCCUUAGUGAUCAUUUUCUGAAUAUCUUCUUUGCCUUGUUACAUCACGAAGAAUACCAAGCCUUCUAUCACCUCUUUAGAGGUUGUGUAAACAUUUCUCAUUUCUGUUCUGGGCCACGUCAAAAUAACUAGCAGUCUUGUUAUUUUGCAUCCCUGUGCUGGUUCUUUUAUCUGAUUUCUUUCCAAAGAAUAUCUCAAGAACCAGGAUGAGUUUACAUGAAUCACCUUAGAUUUCUUUGUUGAA